AUGCACGAUUCUGGAGAUGAAAUGGAAGUAGAUGAAGAAGAAGCUAGGUAUUUUGAAUCAGAUGAAGAGCAACCAGACGGUAAAAGACAUAUCAAUGUUUAUAAUCCGUCUUGGAGAUCUGAAGAGUUAAUAGAUUUAUUACGAAAUAUCUUGGACCAAUACGCUUUCUUUCUUCAAUCUGCACAACUGAUACGAAUGCGAAAUUAUGAUGAAAAAAUAUAUAAUAUCGUUUCUCAUCAUCCACGAGGUGCUCCAAAUUGGACCUAUGUGGAGCAGAAUAUGCUGGCUGAUACUGACUUUUCUGAGCCAGAAACGCUGAUUCAAAUGAUGGAAAAUCUAAUAAUGGCAGAAGAUGUGGAAGUGUCGGUGGAAAUGGAUGAAAUAGAGGUAAUAGAAGAUUCAGAACUAACGGAAAUGAAAGAAUCAGAACUAACAGAAGAAUCAGAACCAAUGGGAGUGAAAAAAUCAGAACCAAUUGGAGUGGAAGAAUUGCUGGAAACGGAAGAUGAAACAGACAAAUAG